AUUUACUUGAUUGAUUGAUUGUUUUAUGUUGUUUUAAAAUCUAUUUGAGGUGAUUUUUUGUUCUUUUGUUUUUGGCGGUUUUGUGCAACAAUCUGCAGUUUAACCUGGAUCAGUUAGAUCUCCAUUUAAAACAGUUUGUACCGGUUUGUACACGUACAAUGAUUCUUCUGAUUUAGAGGCGGAGUGAGACAUCUGUCCUUGUAGUUUUUUUGUUUGUUUUUUUAUCUUCGGACCCAAGCGGAACCGGAAGUGUCGUUUUGUUGUCAGCAACUGUUGCUGUUUCCACUUUUGUCGUGUUUCGACUUCAGUUUCUCCUUUUAUUGUCCUGACGUCCCUUUCUGUUUUUACUGUAAUGUUUUUUUUACUUUGUAAACUUGAUGUUUCCGCUCGGACUCCCGCCACCGAGUUUUAACGGCGCCGCUGCUGUUUGAUGCCGGAGCGGGAAGUUUGAACGAGGCUAGUUGCUGUUAGCCUUCAUGCUAACGGUCCACUGACAGUCAACAAAGCUGUUCACAUGACAUUAAGUUAAGUUAAUUAAAACCGUGUGGAUGUUUCGUCAGCCCGCUUCCAGCUCUCACACACCCCGGGAUCUAUCUGGUGAUCUCAGUCCGGAUCAGUCCUCCUGUAGCUCGGACACCGGGGACGUUUUAAUCCGCUCUACUAGGGUUCUCGUCCCGGACCGGAGACACGAAACUGGACCAGGACCCGGAUCGGUCCAGAUAACUGUCCAGAAACUGAGGGAUCAUGCCCGCGUCCAGCCUCCUCUGGCCGAGCAGAGGCAGCGGCCUAAGCCCCGACAGAAGCCGAACACCGGUGCUACUCCACGGUCAGCGACAGACGGUCAGCCCGACAGGCGGACGAUGAAGGAACCUGCACGGACCAAAGAGAACAGAGAACCCACAGGAACACCUCCAACAGCAGAGUGGAGCCCAGACAGGAAGCUCUCCGCUGGGACCCGGAGUGACCAGCAGCCUGGUCACGACCUCCUGACGUCACGUUUCGCCGCUGGAGGUCGAGGUGUCGUCCUCGCGGCUCUGAAACAACGCUCUCACAGCGCCCCCCACAGGCGGGAGAUCAAAGUGAAGCUGUUGGACCCAUGUCCACUCCAGACCAGCUCCCAGGAUGCUUCUGGUCUGAGGUCCAGUUCCCAUGAUGCAGUGGGUGUAUCAGGGGUCCAGAUGGAGGCCGGGCUGUCCUCUGGUUGCCUGGGAGACGGCACCAAUGCGGCAGCAGCUGCUGCAGCUGCAGCUGUAGCUGUAGCUGCUCCUCUCAUCAAGGCUCAGUCAGACAUGGAGGCUCGAGUGUGUCAGCUGGCAGACGGUGUUCAGAGGCUGCUGCAGGCCGACAGGGAGGCUGGGGACAGGGGGCGGAGCCUGAGCCAGCAGACGCUGCAGCACCUGGAAACGCUGCACAGCCAACAGCUGCAGCUGCAGAGCCAGCUGCUGGAGUCGGCUCUCAAGAUAGUGACGGGCCACGCCCCUGUGACCUCCGUGACCUCUGAGCUCACAGCCUCGGGUCAGCCAACCCAUCUGCAGGUCACACACCUGGACACUGCAGAAAACCAGCAGCGCAGCUCCUCGGCAACCAGAGCUGCGGCCGUCGCCACUGCUGCUGUGGAGAUGGGCCGAGUUGCCAUAGCAACACCCAGCCGUGACCGAUGGCCAGAGCAAACCAGAGGUGACAGCCAUCACCGAGGUGCUCCCAGCGUUUCCACAGCAGCAAGGAGAGCCAACGAGGUGCUGAGGGAGAUGGGACGUCUGAAGACUGAGAUGAAGAUGCUGCUGACGCAGCCAGAAAACUCUCUGGAAACUACCAGGCCUCCACCAGACCACCACAAGGCCAAGGAUCUGCUUCAGUCCCAACAAAACCAGUCCCAACAAAACCAGUCCGGACAAAACCAGUCCCAACAAAACCAAUCCCAACAAAAUCAGUCCCAACAAAACCAGUCCGGACAAAUCCAGUCCCAACAAAACCAGUCCCAACAAAACCAAUCCCAACAAAAUCAGUCCCAACAAAUCCAGUCCCAACAAAACCAGUCCGGACAAAUCCAGUCCCAACAAAACCAGUCCCAACAAAACCAGUCCCAACAAAUCCAGUCCCAACAAAACCUGUCCCAACAAAACCAGUCCCAACAAUUCCAGUCCCAACAAAUCCAGUCCCAACAAAACCAGUCCCUGCUUCAACGACCUCAGUUCCAUCGAAGCCAGUCCGAAACAAACCACUUCCAGUCUCAACAAAACCAGUCCCAGCUCCAACGACCUCAGCAUCAUCAAAACCAGUCACAACCAAACCAUUUCCAGUCCCAACAAUCCCAAUCCCAACAAAUCCAGUCCCAUCAAAAUCCAGCCAAGUUCCAUUCCAAGUCCGUGCUGGUCCAGAGGAGGCCUGUGGUUCCGUCCAUGUUGGAGGAGGCGGGUCAGGUUCUCCGCCAGGUUCGGAGACAGAAGAAGGUUCUGGAGGAGAACCUGGAGGCGCUGCUGAGAGCCAAGACAGGAGAGGUGCUACACUGCCAACUGGAGGCACUGGCUGCUAACAGAGACUCGACCGAGGAGGUCCGGAUCAAGAAGACUGUGGACGCCUGGAUCAGCACUUUAUCCAAAGACGUGCAGGCUGAGACGUCCUCUGAGGAUGCUGUGGUGACAUCACAGCUGGUGGCUGCUGGGAGCUCCGCCCACUCAGGGAGAGGGAGGCCACUGAGUGCGCUCAGAGGGAGAGGAGGCCGAGGGCAGAGAGCUCGACACAGAGUGGUGCAGGGGGCGGAGCCUGGCAGCACAGUCCCAGGUGUGCCGACAGACAGUGGACAGGUGGAGGGAGAGUCGUACCUGACACAUCUGUACGGCAGAGCUCCUUAUGAAGGUCUGAGACGAACUCUGAAGAAAAGUCCGUACCUGCGCUUCAGCUCACCUGUGUCACCGCCCAGCAGGAAGCCCCGCCCCCGCCUGGUGGAGAGCGUCAGAGGUGUGAAGGUGAAGUCCUGUAAGACUCAGACCAGCUUGGCUCCUCCCCUCAGUCCAUCACCCAGACGACCUCAUCAUCGCCUUGUCUUCGGCUCCUCCCACAUGGCCUCUAGUGACCCCGCCGACCUCAGAGUGACUCCCGCUGACUCUUAUUCCGUUCCCAUGGCAAUCCCACUGGGUCGUCGCAGGAUGGAUUCUUCCUCCAGGUGUUUUACUGGGCGUCUGCAGGAAGUGACAUCACCACCUGCACCUCCUCCCACUUCUGCUGCAGUUGCCAUGGUGGCUGGAGCACCUGAGCAACAGUCUGAUUCACAGAGGGAGGAGCAGCUGGAUGCAAGUGAAGCUACUCCUCCUCCUCCAUCACACAUCAUCAUCGAGACGAAGAGCGAGGAAGAGGAGGAUGAGGAGAACGUCUUCCCUGGAACUGACUUCCUGUCUGCAGCUGAUGUCGUCCAGGAGGAGGUGAGUGUGGUGGGUGAGGAGGCUGUGGAGUUGGACGGGGGUCUGUCUCCUCCUCUGGUCCUGUACCAGGGUCCUGUCUUCCCUCCCCAGGCCCGCUCUGCCCUCCCUGCCCAGGGUCAGACCUCCACCCUGGACACCGACCACCAGAGAGACGCCCUGGAGAACCGGCUGGUAGAAUGGGUGGAGCAGCAGCUGAUGUCCAGGAUGAUCUCAGAGAUGUACCGCCCCCCUCCCUCUGACCCCGCCCAGAAUGUUUCCACAGACCAAUCGGAGCUUGAGGAGCGGAGCGUCACCUCAGACAUAGUGGAGGCUGCAGGGGGCGGAGGUCUGCAGCUGUUUGUGGACUCCAGCGUGUCGGUGGACUCGGCUCUGAUCCGGCAGCUGGUUAAUGAAGUUCUGACAGAGAUUGUGGCUCUGAUGCUGGGACAGAGAGAUCCACUGGACACGGGGCCAGGACCAGGACUGGGACCACCAAAACCAGAACCAGCAAGAGACCAGGAGGACACACUGGUUCCUCUGGUUCCUACGCCAGUGCCGACCCCGCCACCCAUUCUGACCCCGCCCACCGGAGAGACCACGCCCCCUACAACACCCCCUCCAUCUGAACCGACCAGCCUGCUGAACGAGGAGUCUCCUCAGCCAAUCACAGCGCCAGAGCUUGUGAUCACGCCCACACCCAGUCCAGACCCCGCCCCCUCCGCAGCAAGUCCACCUGCCCUUCAUCAAGCGCCGCGCGCUCUGACCUGGGGAGAUGCUGAGCUGCCAUUGGACGAGGAGAGACCAGAGGAACACCUAGUUACACACAAGCAUCCGCUGGUGAUGUCAGUAGCAGAGGAGGAGCCUCCUGUCUCCUCUCCCCUUCCUCCCCCUCCUCCCUCCAUCCCGCCUGCUCCGUCCCUGUCUCCUCCUCGUCCAGAUCCUGACCCCGGACCAGCGUCCCCCUCCAGCUCCUCAGGCGACUCCAGCAGCAGCAGCAGCUCCAGCUCCAGCAGCAGCACAGUGACCGCAGCACUGAAACACAUCUCAGAGGGAGAACUGCUCAUCAGCGUCAACCAGCUGGCUGCCAUGACAGAGGACGAGGUCGUCUGCAGUUUCUCCAGCUCUCUGCAGGAGCUGCAGGACAUGGACUAUGACCCCCCCAGUGAAGGACAGGUCAGAGGUCACGACCUCCUGCUGACCCUGCUGACCAAAAUGGAGCAGGGAGUCACACACCGAGGAGAAAGACCACAACCAGAGGGCUCCUGGGGGAGGGAUGACCAGGAUCAGGAGGAGGAAGUGAGUGCAGGAGAGGUGAGAGACGAUGGGACUACAAAGCCUCUCAGGACUACAAAUCCCAGAAGUAAGAGUACGGCAGCCCGGCGGGGUCAAACCUCCUCACCUGGACAGAUCAGUCAGUGUGCAGACGUGUCAGAGCUCAGUCUUGAUGCGACAAAUCAGGGCUCUGUUACCAUGGGCGACCUGAUGAUGGAUCCACAGGGUACACUGACCUCUGACCUCCACACCGACCUGUCACUGUCUCCUCCUCCUCAUGCAGUAGGACAGGUUGUUCCCGCCCUGGUCAGACAGUCCGACGGACAAACAGCCGGACACGAGCAGGAGGAGGAGGGAGGAUCCAGGAGGAUGGAUGUUCAUCUGCCCUCCAUCAGACCGGAGGAGGAGGAGGAGGAGGAGGAGGAGGAGGAGGAAGAGGAGGAGCAGGUGAUGGAGGAGGUCAGCGCAGCAGCAGACACAGACUCCUCCACCAGCGAUGUUUUCUAGAGAGAAAAGUGACGUCUGUCCAUCAGAUUUCUCCUCUUCCUCUUUCACAGCAAACACACUUUUCUGUCUGGUAACUCGUUACUCCGACCCUCCGUUUGUCCCUUAACAACCACAUGUAAUAACAUGUAAUAACAUGUAAUAACAUAAACAUGUAACAACUGGUCUACAGAUCAGUUUCCUUUAAAAGAAAACGAUGUCGUCGUGAAGCUGGAACCAAACGAUCUCAGUGAUUCAUCAAUUAUCAAACUAGUUGCUGAUUGAUCGACUCGUUGUUUACAAACCUCUGAUUCUUGUAACAGACACAAAGUCACCGGUUAAUGAGAAAUAUAAAAACGUCUCUGAGCUUCUGCAUCAACAACAUGUUCCUACAUCUGACUCUCAUCACAGUCUGUUAUUAACCAGUUAUUACAUGUUUAUCUCCACGUCUUUUAAAGUCACUCCUGAUGCUCCGGCCUGUGUGUCACAGUCAAUCUGGUCCCAGUGAAACACCGACCGGUUCCUGCUGGUUCUCAUCUGUCCAAGUGUUUCUCUUGUUCAGUCGAGAACCAGCAGGAACCGGUUCUACUGUCGUUUCCUGUUUCACUGGGACCAGAUUGACUGUGACACACAGGCUGGAUCGCGGAUGGUAGCAGAAACAUUUUGCAGCUUUAAACCGAUGAUUGAUCCACCGCUUGUGUCUUAUCAGUGGAAUGCAGUGUGUGAUCCGAUCAGUGAUCAAUAACACUGAUCGUUAUGUUCUUUGUAAACAAAUAAAGGAAGGCUUUUCAUAAACGG